AUGGCUCCGCCGCGCCGCCGCCAGCCGGCCGUCCUGCCGCCGGACGUCUCGCGGUGGGUCUUCCCCAUCCACGACGUCGACGACGUCGAGCCGCCGGUCCAGGACCGCGAGAUCACCCGGCUCGUCGUCUUCUUCCUGCAGGAGUCGUCCUCCACCGAAGAAGGAGGGCAGACCGUCGUGGCCGCGGACAACGAGCUGACCAACCGCGUCGCCGUCUGGGCCCAGUUCCGCGAGCAGGUCGACCAGUUCGCGGGCCUGCGGAUGGAGGUCCGCCCCUUUGAGAACACGCCCGGGGACCGCGUGCUCGAGCUCUGGGAGGCGCCGCCCUUGCUGCCCGAGGAGGUGCUGGGCCUGCGCCGCGCGGGCCUGUACGUCUACCUCACCGACGUGGCGUACCGGUUCCCGCGCGCCGCGGGCAUCUUCCGCCUGCCGAUUGCGGAUGGCUGGUCCUUUACGGUCCGGGAGAUGCUGGCGAUGAUCGGGGAGCACCGCAUGCAGGACUUUUGGUUUGAGCAUAGGCCCGAAGGGCCGAGGAGGUUUAUCGGCCAUAGGGAUUUCUGGAUGCAGUUCUUCAUUCGGCUCCUGGAGCGCCGAAUCAUCACGGGCGAGCUGGCCGAGCCGGAGGGCGGCCCGGAGACGCCGCGGCCGGCGACGGCGAUUGGCGUGCUGACCAGGCGCUGGUUCCCCGACGGGGACAGCGUCGUGCUGCCCAUCGAGAACGGCCGCUUCCCGCGGAUGGUCCGCUGGACGACGCCCUCGAUGCAGUACCUGUCCGAGCUGAACCUGCCUCGGCGGCCGGACUCUGAUGCGGACACCGAGAUGGCUAGCUAG